AUGGAACACUGCGCUCGCUGUCAGGAGACAUGGUUCGAGGGCAGCAAUACAAAUAUCGUGGCCAUAUUGUAUGUUAUCUUGCUACGUCCUCCGAAUGCGGGUGAACAUGCCCACCUUAACCGCCAAUUCAGACGCCAGUUCCGCGUGCGCCGUCGUUGUCUUCAGCAGUGGCUGGACUUCCUGUCUCAUAACCACCCGGGCUACCGGGAUAUUACUGUCUGCCAGAAGCGGAUGUCAGUGCUACCCGAAGAUGGCGAUGUACUUGAUCAGGUUGCUAUUGUGGAAGUCUCCGAUCCUCUGGCAGUGCCAGAUCUACUACCAGAGGAUACAGAGAUGGAAGCAUUGCACUCGCACGUUCUUGGCGACGAGCACGACGCACCACCCCCUGCACGACCAGCGACACAACAUCAGCUUGAAAUGCCAGAUAUUCGGAGAACACCGAUAAACGAAUUCAACCAGUCACAGGCACUCCUGUCCCUAGCCUUUCCGACACUAUUUCCUCGCGGUCAAGCUGAUUUCAUCGAGCCAAGAUUUGCCUGCCAUCCCACUUUCCGGUUUGUGGUUUUCAACACGCUGAUGCGAACAGCACAGCUUCGCGGGACGCGCCCGUAUUGGUACCGAAAGCGCCGAGAGCUCGAGUCUUACGCCUACAACCUUCGCUGUCCAGGUGCUUUUAUUACAUUCAGCCCGGCAGACUUACACUGGAGGAGCCUCUAUCAGCAUUUGCCCCAGUUUCAAGACUGGCAGGAGUUGCCCGAGCAACAACGAAUGGGGAUAGAUAUCGUUCUCAAGCAGAAAUUCAAUGUCACUGAUUUUUGGAACAGUGUUGACUUGGAAAGGGAGCAUGUGCGCAAAGAGUUCGCCCGCGUCUGGAGUUUCCACGUCACAGCAUUCAAUCCUGAGCCAGCCCGAGUCCAACAGCAAGGAGAGGGUAACCCUUGGCUGUGA